AUGAACAACAGUACGGAACAAAUAUUCCUUGUAAAUUCUCCUGGAAAUCAAUCAGUAAUUGGACCGCUAAAAAUUUCUGAAAACACUACAAGCCAAGUCAACCUCGAGAAUGUUGAAAAUUUUUCAAAUGUGUGCCGCACCUGUGCAACUAUUACUGAAUUUGUUAUUCCGAUCUUUAUGGGAGAAGGCUUACAGAAUAACCUAGCAGAAAAAAUACAUAAACAUUUACCAAUCCAAGUAUCAGAACAAGAUGUCCUACCACGAGUGGUAUGUUACCAGUGUGCCAGUACAUUGUUGGCAUGGCAUGAACUUGUACAGUGCUGUGUGCAGGCUGACAAAGCACUGAAGACUCGCCUUGCAGUAAUGCAACAUAAGCAAAAGAGCUCAAAGCAUGAAGCACGGGGAAACUUACACAAGGAAUCUCAAGCAAAGUCAAGAAAAUCUGUAUGCGUUUCAAGUAUUAAAAAAGUAUUAAUAGAAUAUUUCAAAUUAUCAGAUGAGGAUUUGGAUCAUUCAGGUUUAGAGAUUAUUUGUGAAAAAUGUAACAAUGAAUCGAGUUUUCAGACACUACAAAGUUUUGUUGAACAUCUUAAGUUGCAGCAUAAUUUUGAAAUCACAGACAAAAAGUCUGUAGAAAAUUUUAUAAAAGAAUAUGUAUCUAUUGUAGAGAUGUUAGUUGCUGAAGAUCAAAUAGCUGAUCUAGAGUCCGAAAAGGGAAUGGUGGAUAUAAAAAUUCCAAGAUUCUAUUGUCCCUUCUGUGAAAGCGCAUUUUCUUCCACCACGCGCCUUUUUUGCCAUUUGAAUCAGCAUGUUGAUGUUUGUAUUGAGGAGGGGGUCACAUGCUGUGAUAAUGUUUAUAAGGAUACAAAAUCUUUUGCAGUACAUCUGCAAGAGCAGCAUGUGAAUCACCCACCAAAUGCAGCAAAUAUAUGUCAAAGUUGUGGUUUUAUUGCUGAAGAUAGUCAACAUCUUCAGUCACAUGUAAGUAAGGAACAUUACGUAGAAAAAUUUGACGUAAAUUACGUCAAAGAAAGGCUGGAAAACCAUGACAGAUGGACACCCAGCCGCGUCAACUUCGACGCGUAUCUUUCGAGGGUUGAAGCAAAAACUGAACUAAAAAAUAAUACUAUAAAAGUUCAAAAUUUCAACGCCGUAUCCGCAGUAGAUGAAACCGUUGAAAUGGACGAUGGAUCGGAUGAUGACCAACCCUUAGCUACAAUAGCUACAAAAAAGUCGACUGAUUUGUAUAAAAAAUUCUAUGAUGCUCUUGUUAGUUUUAGGAACCAUUUUGUCACCGAACACAAAGAAACAAAAUGCGAAUAUCCAGAUUUUACAGAUUCAAGCGAUUCUGAAGAGAUAAUGGACGAUCAAAGCGAAGAUGAAGAUAAAAAUGUGAACAAAUUCGAUGAUUUGACUAAAUGUAAUAUGCGUAUAGAUAAAAUGAAUGAUGAGACUAGAUUGGAACUGAAUGAGGUGCAAAGAAAAAUCAACGGGAAAGUCUUCUUUACAUGUAAAAUUUGCGAUAAGAAUUUAAGUUCGGCACAUACAUACAUUUUUCAUAAACGAAUCCAUACGGGCGAGAGACCUUGCGUGUGUCACAUAUGUGGCAAACAAUUCCGAGCCCCAAAUGGCUUACAGAGGCACUUGACGGAAACGCACGAACGUCUACGACGUUACGCGUGCAGUUUCUGCCCAAAGAACUUUGCAAACACGCAAAAUUUGAAGCAGCAUAUUCGUAUACAUACUGGCGAGCGGCCAUUCGUCUGUACGCAUUGUGGCAAAAGAUUCACUCAGAGCGGCUCUCUGCAUGUGCAUUUGAAAACGCAUAGCGAACAAUUUCCGUUCCAUUGCGCCGAGUGUGGUGCAAAAUUUAGGCUACGAGCCGGUCUGACAAGGCACAGAUUAAAACACAGCGGUGAACGGCCGCACGUCUGUGUGCAGUGCGGUAAAGGCUUCCGCCAUAAGCACGACCUUUUCAGUCACGCGUUGUCCCACACCGACCCAAAACCACACACAUGUAGUGUUUGUAACGCUGCAUUUAGACAAAAGAGGGCAUUGAAGCACCAUUACAAAAGAGUGCAUGAAAACGAACCUCCUAGAGAAGUCGUAAAUCAUUUAGUUUUCAAUAAUUUAGGACAGUAUCAUCCCAUAUUAAAUGAAUGUGAAGUGAAAGUGGAAAGAUCAAGCGAGUUCGAAAGUGAUAGCACACACGUAGAAAAGCAAAAAGAUAUAACAGAAACCAUAAACAAAUCGCUUACAAUAGUAAACGAAGAUGGCAAAAAAUACGCGCACUGCGGCAUUUGCGAGAAAAAUGUUUCAGUUGGCUCCUGGAAAAGGCAUGUGCGGUCGCACGUAGGCGAGAAAAGAUAUAGUUGUCACACUUGUGGGCUAUCGUUUAAUGACAGCGGUAACCUGGCUCGUCAUAGAAGAGCCUUACACGCUAAACACCGACCGUUUUCUUGUCACAUCUGCAAUAAAGCCUUCACUAGAAGCAGCCACCUUCAAGACCAUGUAAAAUCCCAUUCACAAAGCCGUGACUAUGUCUGUGACAUUUGUGGAAAAGCAUCCAAGUCCGGAGCGGCUUUACGAAUGCACAAAAAGAUUCACGAAGAUCAAUUCAAAUUCCAGUGCAUGGAGUGCGAUUCCAAAUUCAAACGACGCGGUGAACUGAAAGCACAUUUAACUAUCCACACAGGAGAAAAGGCUCAUUCGUGCUGGUUCAAGGAUCUGAACGAGUUCGUUGCGCAGACUAUGGGUAGCACACAAUAUGCCAACAGUUCCAACAGUCUAUCAAAACUCGGCAAAACUUGCGAGUAUUGUGGCAUAAAACAAUCGGAUGACCUUUAUACGGAUCACUUGAUCACCAUGCAUUCGGAAUCACUAUUCCAUUGUAAUGAGUGCGACACAUAUUUGGACAGAAAAGACUUCAUUCUUCACAUGUCUAUACAUGUUCAGUACGUAGCUAAUAGUGACAAAAAGGAAGCUUUGAAAAAACUGAGAAAAAGGAAAAGCAACAAAGAUAAAAACGAAAAUGCAGUGAUUACUACCUUGAAAUCAAAUCCAUCUCAGAACAAGGAAACUGUAGAAAAGACAAUCAAGAAUUGUCCAAGAGAAAAUAGCAACAAUGAAACGCCAGAAAACGAAUUUUCAGACCACAGUGAUGUAGAAUACUUUGGACGUCUACCCGAAUCAGUGUUCGAAGCUAUUGAAGACUCACAAGAUAGCCAAUGCGAUAAUGAUCCGGAACUACCGCAGACUUCAGAAAAUAAUGAACUAAACGAAAAUAACGAUAACAGUGACAUAUCUAACGAAUGUAUUAAAAUUUCUAAAGAUUUAACUCCAACUGCUCGACCUGCAUCAGAUAGUAAAACUGAAAAAAGGCACAAAAAAACACGGACUUGUCCCAUUUGCUCAAAAGUGUACACAGCCUCAUCUAGCUACUUUUAUCAUUUGAAAAAUUCUCACCAACAAAGUAAAGACUACGAAUGCGACGUAUGCGGUAAAAGGCUAGGAAAUAAAAGUAGUUUAGCGCAGCACGCCUCCAUACACGUGAGUGAGCGUCGCUUGGAGUGUAGGCAGUGCGGAAAAAAAUUCCGUUCAAAAGCUAGUUUGUACAUCCACGAGCAAAUUCACAGCAACGUGAAGACUUGGGCCUGUAACCAAUGCAACAGAUCGUUUAGGUGGCGUACGCACUUGUUAAGACACUUAAAACGCCAUUCAGCUGAGAAAUCGCAUAUUUGCACGUCAUGUGGGCGGGGCUUUAAAAUCCAUUGUGACUUGUUGCGACACGCCCGCACUCACACCGCUGGUAAUUUUAGUUGCGAAAAAUGCGGCGUCAAAUUUGCGCAACACAGAUAUUUAAAAGUGCAUAUGAUCAAGAAACAUUCCAAUAAAAUAACUGGAAAUGAAUCUCAAAACUAG